UGAAUUUGAUCGUGCCCUCUGUGUUUUGCUGGCCGACUUCAUCGUCCUCAAAGUUUUUUUUUUUUGGAUAGGACCGCAAACACAUAAUCAACAAGGCGCUGCGAUUGUGUCCUUAUACAGUGGCGUUGUUGUCUGCUCAUUUUGAUAGAAGCGACACCGUUUGUUAGGCCGAGCAAAUCGCUCUGUUUCUCUCGCAUACUGGUUUGCCUGCCGUCCUCUUGUUAGGAUGUGUGCGUAGUGGGUGCUGUCCUCCUGUGUACUAAGAGUGCUGUUGGCGGCGACGAUAUUGUUGUUGUUGUUGUUGCUACAAUCGUCAUUUUAAUGGAGGCAGUUGUAGCAGCAGCAGCAGCGGCAGAAAUAACAAUUGCGGUCCCAUUAAGAGGCUUCUCUAAUGGUUUUUUGGCUGAUAUCGUCAAUUGCAAGGAUUGACUGACUUGAAGUUUCUCGGCGUUUGUGCAUGUCUGAGUGUAUGUGUAUGUGUGUGUGCCUGUUUGUGUCCGUGCGUCCGUGUCGAGAAGAAGAGAUACACGGAGACGGUAACAGCGCAUUAACACAUCAACAGCGACGAAGACUGCAGCCAAAGCGGACGAGAAGUGUCUUGUGUCAACGGGCAGUGCUUGCUGACGGCCUGUGUACGUAUAGAUGAUCAUUCAGUGGCCGUCAAGAGCGCUGAGAACGGGAAGAUCAGGUCGAGUGGUAUCGCAUGGUGUUCCAUGCGUGAAUCGUCGAGAUCGACCGUGUUGAUCGACGGAGCCCCACUGAAAUAACAGAGAAAAUCUGAAGAAGUUUGGCCUUCAAACUUGGUCUUUCGCUGUUUCCGUUCCGCAGCAAUAGUCGUGAUUUUUCGUGCUCGUGUUCGAGAUCGCCAGCGCAUUGAGACGUCUGGGGGGCGCGUGUGUACACUUCUGAAAGUGAGCCUGGGCAUCUCUAUCGAUAUCACAAUGGAAGCUGACAAGUUGAAACUGGCUGAGGCCGAGAAACACGAGGAGACCAAGUUGAUGCAGAAGUAUCCGCAGCACAACAAACCUUCAAAUUUUCUCCAGAAGAAACUUAAUCGUGGGCAAAAAUAUUUCGACAGCGGAGACUACAACAUGGCCAUGCAGGGGCGAAAUCGUCUUCUAGCACAGCCUUCGCCGUUGGCGCCUACCCCACAAUCACCCCAGGCGUCCCCUGCGGCGCCAGCGUUUCCACCUGUGCCCACAGUGGACAGUAUCCAUCUGCAGCAGCGCAAGGCCUCGAUCUCGCAGAGCAAAUUGGCCGAGGAAAGCCCCCACCAUUUGACCCAUCACCAGGGUCACCAUCCGGCCCAUACCGAAGAAGCUAGUGAAACGGCGCAAUCCGGCGGUGAUGACAUGUAAUGCUGUAGUUCGUUGAUGUCAGCCGUGUCCCGUCCUUAGCACGGCCCACCUUUCUUCCACGCACUUCAUAUCUGUAUACCGGCUUACCUUGACGUAACUUCACCCACACUCCUUUUGACACGAUGGCUCGAGAUAGACGAUAUGAGAAACACUGUGCACAACAAUUUUAAACCUGUGCAUUACUCGCCAUUUUCAAACUUCGAAGUAGUUGGAACGCGUUGGUACUCUUUUCCGAAAUUGAUCACGAUUUCGCUAUCGCUGCUAAACGAAUAAGCGGGUUUAAUUCUCGUUCCGCGAUUCAGUAAAUACAUCCAAGUCCGCCUUCGUACCGCAAGUACUUUGUUAGUACAGGGCGUACCGCCACUGCAGAUUGUGAAUAAAAAAAACACGCUUUGCAUGUAGAAAAACGAAGUUAUGAAUGAAUGUUUACGCAGGUAGAUUUUGAAAGAAUUUUGGCGAGAAAAAUCCACAUGACUCAAAACAGAAGGGGCAAAAAAACAAAGUAAAUAUAUCAAAGGUCUAUAAGAAAAAAACUUGGCCCUGUAUCAAUUAUAAUAUGAAGAUAUUUGAAUGAAAUUCUGCCUAAACAUUAUGAUUCAGCUGGCAUGAACAAGGAUACACAAAUGGAAAACGAACGUGUCGAGAAGAAAACUUAAAACUUCGCCCAAUAAACAUCGAAGGAAUUGAAGUCGACUAAAAUCUGUAAAGCUUAUCGCCCUGCAUAAGUAUGUUAUUAGUUUUAAUCCAUUUUAAGCCGAUCCGCUGUUAGUAGAAGCCAUAAUUUUAUAAUAUACUCAUUUGAUUAUUCUGAGCACAUAAAUUCCUGUGUGCGGAGAGACGGAAAAAAUGCGAGAGGCUCAGUGGAAUCGCUCGAACGUAACUCGUUCCUUAAGCUUCAUUGUUUGCAUGACAUUUCAUUGUACUCAAAAUCGUCUAAAUACUCCAAGAUAUCGAUUUGAUAAUGCGUACGUAAAUGAACGCCUUUUUUGUUGUAUAAUAAUAAUAUACCACACUACCGGAGGGCGCUUUUUUGAAGCAAUGCUUGAGGCAAACAUCCUAACUCAUACUUUCAAAGCUUCUUCGGUUGAAUUGUUUUACAAACUAAGUAUCAUAAAAUAAAGCACGUCAGAGCUUUUCCUCUGCUUAACGAAAUGCAUGUUAUAACGAAACAAUCGAUCAGCAUUCCGUGUCGAGCUGGCCAAUGCGCAUAUCUCAAAACAUCAUGAAUAACUCUCUAGGUACCAUCCUGAUUGAUUUGGACGAACCCAUCUAGUAAAACGACUGCCGUCACUUCCUUAACAGGAGCGUGACCCAUGACUGUUACUAUAAACAAUUGUCGUGAAAGCUGUCGGUUUCUCUUAGUCAUGAAUAAUACACACACACACAAAAUAAUGGCAGAACGUGUAAUCUCUUCUGUGAACGUCGACCUCAUUUCCAAUUUAGGUUGAUUUGUAGAAGCAACACUUGGUCUGUGUUGUGCAAAAAAAAAUGGUUAUAUAUUUUGUUAAUGUCUAUAUUGAGAAACACGCCAACACUAAUCAGGAGGACGAAAACUGAGGCUUUGCGAUCUGUACCCGCUGUUGUUCAAUUGGCUUGCGAAGCUGAAGAGUGUGGGAAGGCGUCCUGCUCGGGACAGCGGCAAGAGAAGAUCGACCAACACAAGAUUACCAGGACCAUCAUAGGAGAAAAACAAAUAAAUGAAGAUUCUCAAGCUUACGAAAAACAACGUUAAUAAGGAGUAAACAUAGUACAUCUUGGUAUUGUUUUGAAAUCGAUCCCUUUUCUGACAUGAGGCUUAACCUGACAUGGUGAUGUAGUGACAUCGCAGGUGAGUAUUUAUAUUUCGGUUGAAUAGAGACACUCUCGAAGUAUUUAGAGCAAACACACGAUUUUCAUGACAUACGAGGUCGACACAUAUGUAAUCGGAAUACACAUAAUAGGGAGAAAAACGUCUAAGGGCUCAAACAAUGUCCACAGGGUUUCAUGAUCGAUUCAAGGCUGUGAUGUUCUACAAGUUGCAUCUUGUAGAAAAGGCAUUAUCGUUAUCAAUCGUUUUAUUAUAUUAUUAUUGUUUUUAAUUAUAAAUUUUCGCAUUACUUUUCACGUAACUCCAUUGCGCUAAGAAGGAUCGUUUUAACGCGGCGAAGAUUAUCACGAUGCUACAUGCUUGAGGAUAUGAGAUAAUUGGAUGUGAAGUGGGUGAAUGGUAUGAGUGACGCGAAGAUACAUAUAUAACUGAUAGUCUCGUUAUAACUAUAAACGAUCAUGGAAACGAGAGUUGUAAGAACGGCAAGACACGAGAGUGGCAGCGAGACCUCAUGUAGCAAGCCGUACACAGCCCAAUGCUAUUGAUUAUAUAGUUACAGCAGUACGUACGUAGCGUUACAAAAAACGUUGGCGGUAUACAUACGUUGGCGUUGUGUGGUGGGCAUAUGUUUACAAGGGGCUAUUGUUAAUAGUAAAGCAUUUAUAAAUGGGUUAAAAUAUUAUCGUCAAAGUAUGGCCAACCAUAGGUUUUUCGCAAAUAAUAAAUGCACCCACACUUAAGCUAUUUGUAUAACAUCUGUAUAACGUGGACUCAAGGAAAACUACAAUGAAAAAAAAAAGGUUUUUGUAAACAUAUGACCUAACCAAGUGGAAAACAAAAUUCCUUUAGCAAUCAUAACAAAUCACCAUGCAUUGAACAAAAGCAAAUGGAUUUAAGCUGUGGGCAAGCAAGUUUUUUUGAGGAUUAGGCAAAUUAACAUCCGAAAAAUAUCAUCAGCUGUUUAAUGAGGCUGUGAGACGCUUGUUCACAAUUGUUGGCUUUUGACGAUAGAUUCCGCCCACAACGGUAUGACGGAGAAAAGGACGCUAUGUUUUAAGAUCGAAUUGAAUAAAGACGAAAGCCUUGAAUGUAUAUUUAGGGAGAUUAAAGACAGCUAAUCAGCGCAUCUAAUAUUUUUUAUCUACAAUGGCACACGCCUACUCUUAACGACGAUAAGCGUCUGGAAAAAGAAGAGGAAAAUCUAGGUUUAUAAAAUACCAUAUAUGUAUAUAUAUAUAUAUAUAUAUAUAUAUAUAUAUAUAUAUAUAUAUAUGAUUAUGAUUUCACCGAACGUCUGAAUACAUUCAGUAAUCAACGCAGAGUGAUACGAACUCAAAAUGGGUGUGUAUCCCUUUGAUAAAAUUCCUAAUCACGUUUCCAUUGGUAAUCAAAUAAUAAUGAAGAUAGUUUUUCGGGAAAUAUCGAGUGACAACCCAAGCUUCCUUCUUUCCUGGGUCAAAAUCAUAAAUUCUAUCUAUUUGACAAUAAUAACGAGUUAUAGGUAACAUCAAUUAUUAGACGCUGACGCUAGUUCGUAACGAUUGAUAUGCUAGCGUUUAAGAUCUAGGUGUUCGAAUUAGACACGUAUGUAUAUAUACAUGAUAUAUCCACGAAAACAAUGUGUGCGCUGUAUGAAUGUGCUAAGCAACAAUACAAAGGAUAACGGUAAAACUAAAUGGACAACGACUAACUAAUAAAUAAAACUAUAUUUGCAAGUUAAUCCUGGCUUGAUCAAUGAAUAGGCGGGCUUGAUCAAUAAUCCAGCGGCAGCAA